AAUUACAUUGGUCCAGCUUGCACCCAGGGGCGGACUGACCAUUUGGAAAUGCGGGCACUGCCCGAGGGCUUGGGGUCAGUAGGGGGCCCCAUGAGAUGCCCCUGGUACCUUUUUCAUAGGCUUUUUUGAGUUUGGGCAAGGACACAGGGGCCCCAUGAUCCCCUAUUGCCGGGAGCUCCAUGAGUUGUCAGUCCGCCCCUGCUUGCACCUAAUAAUUUAUUGGACGUAUACAAUGGAUAAGUACAGUGCAUGCAUCCACCCCCUCCCCAACCCCCCCCCCCAUACA